AUGGUGUAUUUUUUCACAGCAUCGGUGUCCGCAGACGACGAUGAGUUCGGCCUAGCGGAGCCGGAGAAACACACAAUCUACAUGGGAAAGGACAAGUUCGAAAACGACCCGCUCAUCCAUAAGUCUCACCCAAAGAACCUAUGGUUUCACGUGGACAAGCAUUCGUCUGCCCAUCUCUAUUUGCAGCUCUCGCCGGAACAGCAAAACGUGAAGUUUGAGGACUUGCGGCUCUCAGAGCUGCUUCUCGACCAAAUCGCGCAAUUGACCAAGGCAAACCUGAUCAAGGCGAACAAGUUGAACAACAUCUCGAUUAUCUACACUCCGGUGGACAAUCUACGCAGCGAUGGGCUGUUGGAUACUGGAACGGUGACGUUCGUGAACCCACAGAAAUUGCGCCGGGUGCACGUUGUCAAGAAGGACAAUGCCAUCAUCAACAGACUCAACAAGACGAAAACCGAGAUUUCCACGGAGCAGUUCGUCAAGGACCAAGACCAGCUCUUGGUGGAGUGGCAGCGGUCCAAGAAGGACGAAGAGCGUCGCUUGGAACAGAAAAACAAGGCUGAGGCCCGUGAGAGAAACGAACAGAAGAAGUUCAACAAGGAUCCCUACGGCGAGUUAUUCACCGAAGAGGCGCUUCGAGGAAGCAGCAAUGAGUUCAGAAAGGAGAAUUGGGUCGAGGAUGAGUUCUGGUGA